GACACGGACGGGGGACGGGGACCGGCCGCCGCUCGGUCGCCCCCGCCUCGCAGGACGCCCCCGCGGCCAUGGCCAGCGGUAGCCCCGCCAGGAUGGCCGGCGGCGCCGGGCAGCCGCCCUUCCUGCAGCCGGCGUGCUUCUUCGCCGCGGCGGUGGCCGCCGCCGCCGCCGCCCCACCGGGGCCGCCCCCGGGGCCGCCGCCCCAGCCGCCGCCGCCGCAGCUGAGCCCGGCGGGCGGGCAGCCCUCCCCGGGAGGCAAAGCCUCGGGGCCGCGGGCCGCCAAGCGGCAGCGCUCGGCCUCGCCGGAGCUGAUGCGCUGCAAGAGGCGGCUCAACUUCAGCGGCUUCGGGUACAGCCUGCCGCAGCAGCAGCCGGCGGCCGUGGCGCGGCGCAACGAGCGGGAGCGCAACCGGGUGAAGCUGGUCAACCUGGGCUUCGCCACCCUGCGGGAGCACGUCCCCAACGGGGCCGCCAACAAGAAGAUGAGCAAAGUGGAGACCCUCCGCUCCGCCGUCGAGUACAUCCGCGCCCUGCAGCAGCUCCUCGACGAGCACGACGCCGUCAGCGCCGCCUUCCAGGCCGGCGUCCUCUCGCCCACCAUCUCGCCCAGCUACUCCCACGACAUGAACUCCAUGGCGGGCUCCCCCGUCUCCUCCUACUCCUCCGACGAGGGCUCCUACGACCCGCUCAGCCCCGAGGAGCAGGAGCUGCUCGACUUCACCAGCUGGUUCUGAGAGCCGGCGGUCCGUGUCCCCCGUGUCCCCCCCCCGCCCCGCGGUAGGUGGGUACGCGCCCGCGGAGGGCCGGGGGGCG